CGCGAUGCAACAGCAUGAAUUGAACCGCAAUCCGCAGCCCAGCUACCAGUGGGUGCUUUUGGGUAUCAUUGUGUACCCCAUUGAAUCCCCCAUUGAUGGAUGGACGGACGGACGGAUGGAUGGAUACCACUAGCAUGCGGCCGCGCAUACAAUUGAGAUAUCCCAUUGAUGGGAGAGCGAGAGAGCGUCGAAAAGAGUGAGAGUGCCGCGCAAGCAAAAAAAUAUUGAGCGCCCGACCACCAGUCGGUGCUCUCCCUCACACUCGCACACCACACCGCGAUCCACCCACAACUGGCGAUCGAGAUUGUCGUCGUCGUCGUCGUCGUCGCCGUCGGGGUGACUUCAGCACGGCAGUCACCUUUAGCUAACCGCGAGCGAGCGACACACAGCGCGGCAAUCCGCGGAAAAACGCCAAGUCGAGAAUAGCGCGAGAAAAAGAAAAAUCGCCAAACAUCACACACGCGUCACGUAGUAGGAUAAACACCCAGCCCAGUCCAGAAUUGGCGUUGGAAAAGAGAGAAAGAGAAGCGGACUCCGGGGAACCGACCACAGAGCACAGAGUCCGGUCUAGUUACGGUACGAUCGGUUCUUUCCGUUCAGUCUAACACCAGACAUUUAGCGAGUCGCGCAUGCGUUCUCUCGCAUCUCAGGCCACUAUACUAUCGAGACGUUUUCAGUUUCAGUUCAGUGAAGUGAAGUGAAACCCCAGUGAGUAUUCUCAGCGUAGAAUCAGCCAGCAACCCACGGGGAAGUAGUAGAAGAAGGAGGAAGUGAAGGCGCGAAGUUCGCGCUUAGACAGACGGGAAACGAAGAGAAGCAAAAAAACACUACUUUGGGAAAGUGCAGCCAGUCCCAGCACCCGCGCGAAUUUGAAAAAGUGCGUUCUAGCAAAUCAAUCGGUUUAGUUUGCUGUAGACAGUCGAGCAGCAGUCAUCUUCCGAGCGCCCAAGUUCUGGUAGUUUCCGAAGAACCGAGAACUACUUAGUGGAAGAAAAUUAUCAUCGUCAUCGUCAUCACAAUUGGAUGAGGCAGAACUGUCUGUCUGUGAGAAAAUAUCGAACCCAGUUAAAGUGAGGUGGUAGAGAAAAAAAAGUGUCACUCUUGCCGUUGUCACAAACACCUAGGCUGCUGUGCCUUGUCUGCCUGCCUGCCUGCCUGAACGUACCGUACGCGAGACACUCGCCGUCGGGAGGAGCGCAGCAGGCGAAGAUAAAACGCGACACAAUCGCCGCCGCCGUCUUCACCGUUGUCGCACUGCCACCGUGAAGACUUUGCGACUUUCGUGGGGCAGCUUUAUGUAACAUGCUAUCGCGAAAAAGACUGCAGACUUCUCGAGUGGGAGCAAAUACGGGAAUAGACGAAUAGAGAAGCGCAAGUGAACAGCGCGCAACGAACGAACGGACGAAUUGUCAGCCGGUCGGUGAUCUUCCGCGGUUGAUAGACACGCAUCAAUCUGUGGCGGUGCCACGUGCGGCUCAAAAGUCCCCAGUGCGAGAGGCGAGGAUCGGAAGGACGAAACCUCCCGUGUGUGUCCUGCAGCGCAUAAAAACAUACAACUUUUUUUUUCCUCAAGUUAGGAGGGUGGUGACGAAGCUUAGUCCAAAGCAAGACAAGCAAUAGGUGUGAAAACUAACAGUACCUGCUGCACACACACCGAAAGCAAAGAAAGAAGAAAGACAGGAGAGGAGCAAAAAUAAAGAAGGUAAAAAAAAAGAUUCGGCACACUGCAGUCAGUCAGUCAGUAACACUACCGAGAAAGUGGGAGAACACACACCGAAAGUGUGGUAGACCAAAAGGAAGCGGUAUCCUAGCCGUGCGGUGCAUUUCAGUUUCGACCGAGCGACGGAGCAGAACCCUGUCCGUGUCCGCGCGUGCUUUUUCGGGAGUGAUCAUAUCAGCAGCGAUCGAUCGAUCGAUAUAUUAGAGGAACGUAAGACAGCGACGAAAAAAUACGAGUGUGUGCCCGUUGCAUUAGAGCAGGUCAUGAUUACUCAUUUAUAUUUAUUAAACACAUCAUAGUAGACCGCGAAGAGUCGGGGCCGCCCCCGCUGUCGUUUUUUUUACUCAGUGUAAAUACCGACGACCGUCGUCGUUUCAGUUUUCUCGUUCGCGGGCGUGCAUCACACCAUUAUAAAUCGUAGUAGCCAGCGGUUCACGAAAUAAAUUUAAGUUUUUCCCACGACAACUUGAUUGCAAGUUGAGAAAGUGAUGUGUUAUAAAUAAAGUUGGUGCGAUCGAGAGGGGUAAGGAAGCAAAGCGAUGGAAGAACCAAAGUGUCUGCCAAGUGCCUCCUAAAUUCAUGUCGAUAAGCCGAAGCGAAAAACCCGAAAAAAAAAAUAAAAGCUUUAGCAUAGAAGAGCUUAGCUUGUUUGUUUGGUGAUGAAAGUGAUUAGUAGAAUUGCAUCAGAAACUUUUUUUUAAGUGUGUAUCCGUUUUUUUAAACUGGUGAAUAUUUUAUCUAGCUCUAGAGAGCUCAGUGAGAUUGGUGAAGCAACAACACAAUGUUCGGAAAAAUGUCCUUAACGACGGCAGUGGGGAUGCUAUCGGCAUCCGUCCUGUUGCUGCUGCUGCUCCUAGGACACCAGUCAACCCUAGUCAACGCCCGUCGUCUUUCGCCGCUGCUGGUGGAAGACGAGGGAGCCCGCCGGAACCGGCCAGCCGAAUGUCUCUUUGGCAAGACGCUCCGCGAGCUCGGUUCCACCUGGUUCGCCGAUUUGGGACCCCCGUUCGGGGUUAUGUACUGCAUCAAGUGUGAAUGCGUACCGGUGCAGAAAAAACGACGAAUAGUAGCACGUGUCCAGUGUCGUAACAUCAAGAACGAAUGCCCGAAGCCGACGUGUGACGAGCCGAUCCUGCUGCCCGGAAGAUGCUGCAAGAGCUGUCCAGGAGAUGCAUACAGUCCUGACAUAGCACAUGAUCUUCCACAAGCAGUAACCCCCGAGGAGGAAGAGCGUAGCAAACAUUUCGCCGCUCUUCUAACGGGUCGCACCUCGUCCAUACUAAAGCGUGACGACAUGAAGUCGAUGUACUCGACGAUCAAUCCGCUGAACAUCGUCGCUACUGGACGCUUCGCGUUCCACAAGAAAAACCUUUACUACAGUUUCUACAUCUCGGAGAAGGCACCGCGUCCCCGUUCGAUACAGUUCGUAGACAAUCAGGGCAACAUCCUGGAGGAACACCCGCUCGUCAUUCCAGCCGAGGGUCCCUUCAGUGUGUACCAGAAUGCUACCGGAAAGAUUUGCGGCGUUUGGCGUCGCGUUCCUCGUGACUAUCGUCGUUUACUGCGCGACGACAUGAUGAACGUCGUCUUGCUGUGGGGUGGCAAGUAUCAAGCCGAGCUGGCAAUCGCCGGCCCGAUCGGAAAGUACCCCGCACUACCGCAAGAGCUGUUCAGCUCCCUGCUCGAACCAGCUCCGGGAACCAAUCCGGAGCAGAUGAAUGGUGCCGGAGGCACCGCGAUCGUCUCCACCAAGAGUGGCGUCACCUCCUCAAUCUAUUUGACACUAGUUUUGAACGGAGUUUUCUCCUCGGACGACAUCGCCGAUGUGCCCCUGAACAUCCGCCUCGAGAUGCAGAACAAGGAUCAAAUCAUUCUGGAGGACACGCAGCGCGUUAGAAAACCAGCGCACGACAUCAACAUCAUCGAAGUUUCCUCGCCGCUUUCGGUCAACGAUUUGCGACUCCUAACUCGUGGAAAACUUACGGUUGUGGUGGAAUCGAAACGCAAACCGGAAGCCCUUCGCAUCCAGGGAACCAUCCAAACGCGAGUAGCUUGCGAAGUGUUCCAAACACUUCUCGCCUCACACAACCCGGAGUCCCGCACCGACAGCAGCGGCCUCUCCUGGAUGUACCUCAACAAGGAAGGCUCCCUGGUGUACAACAUCCAAACCCAUAACCUGCACAUGAACUACAACCCAGUAAUCACACUGAUCGAUGACAGUGCCAAGCGCAAGGCCGAAAUCGAAAACCUUAGCUUCAACUCGGAUCACGUCUCCGGGACGGUCGAUCGGAUGGGACCACGCGUGCUCGAGCCGCUCUACUCGAGUGACCUGGCGAUCAACGUCGCCAACGAUUUGAAUCUCAACCUCAUCCAUGGUAAAUUCGUCGCUCGUCCGGUGGCUGACGCGAGAGAUUCCAACGCUCCCGUCCUGCUGACACGCGUCGGAAACUCGAAUGCACCACCGCACUCCGUCGGUAUGGCAUGGGUGGCCGUCGAUAACGAAUGCAAUCUGCACUACGAAGUAACACUGGCCGGUGUCCCCAGUUCGUACCAUCCCGUUCAGCUGUACCUCGAGGAACUCCCCCUCGAGGUGCCGAACGCUCCGAUCAGUCGAACCCUGCUCGAGGACUUCAACGGGAACUAUCUGGAGGGAUUCGUCCUGGCGAUGCCCUCCGUCGAACUGGCCAAACUGGAGAACAGUGUUGUCUAUCUGGAAAUCCGCUCGAAAUCGAAAGACGAACCGAUCCUGAAGGCGAAACUUAAAUCAACCAAAGUACCGAACCACUGCACCGGCAAUCAGUACCACGAUAACGACGUGCAGAACAAUUCGGUCAUCUCGACGCCCCACAACGACAACUACAUCCCGAUGGGGGAAACGAAAUGCUAUCACUCUGAUCGCUUCUACGACGAAGGUGACCAGUGGCACAGUACGCAUGAGACCUGCACCAUGUGCUCCUGUGUCCACAAACGGGUCAGAUGUGAGCCGAUUCGUUGUCCCCCGCUCAAGUGCCGCAAGGAGGACAUCAUCCAGAAGAAGGGUGACUGUUGUCCGUCCUGUGCAGCAUCCCGAAACACCGAAGACAGCAGAGUACAGGUUUCCGCUCCACGUGGCUGCAAACUGGGUGACCAGUUUUACGACGCCGGAUCAACGUGGCACCCGUAUCUGCCCCCGAACGGAUAUGACAACUGUACUGUCUGCACUUGCGAUGCCGCCUCGCUGGAAAUCAACUGCCCCCGGACGCAGUGUCCCCCACUGAACUGCAGCGAUAAGGUAGCCUACCGACCGGACAAGAAAGCCUGCUGCAAAGUGUGCCCUCAGGUCAAGGAACGCAAACCGGCCCGCCCUGGAAGUGCGGACGAAAUGGGCGACCAGGGCAGCAGCGCUGGGUCGCUCAGGUCUACCCAAACUAUUUUGGCCAACGGGGGGUGCAGCUAUAAUGCGAACAUCUACGAGAACGGUCAGGAGUUCCACCCGAUCCUAGCGACGCACGGCGAGCAGAAGUGUGUCAAGUGCUCUUGCAAGGACGGCAGCAUCAAAUGCGAACGGAAACGGUGCGCUCGGUCGGUGUGCCAACGGCAGCAUGCCCGCCGGAACGCCAUCGUAGACGAGUGCUGCCAGUGCCAGCAGAAGCCAGGUCGCCACCAGCACCGGAGGCGACUGAACCAGCGGCAGCAGCAUCAUCAACAGCAGCAGCAGCAGCAGCACCAACAAACGGCCAUAUCUGUAAAAAGUUGAAUUGAUUAGGUUUCGUGUGGGUUUUUUUUUUCUAAUAAUUUGGUAUAAUCAUCGUUGCAAGCUUACCGCAGAUGCCGAUACUGUUGGAGGGAUGAGACGAAAACGAGUGAGUGAGCGAAUGAGUGAGAACAAUUUUCGAUUAUUUCAUUCAUUCAAAGAUCCGGUGAUAAAGUUUUUAGUGUGUGUGAGAGAGAGAAAAAAAAGUGCAUGAUUGCGUUUGUAUUUAUUAAUGAUAUGAAACAACAACAAAAAUCCUAUAAAAUUAUCUAUUGUUUGUAGCAGUAGGCGAGCAGCGCAAGCGAAACAAAAAAGCAAGCAUGCAUAAUUUUAGGCGUUUUGCGCAGGAAAAAAUUGUUUUUUUUCUGUUUUGGAAAGCGAAAAUCAUUAACGUUUAAGUCACGAGCGCAUAUCUAAAACUGUAGGGUUAGGUUCAACAAUCAAAAAUUGAUUUCGACUACUUAGCAAACAAGCAAAUAGAAACAAACAAUUUUGGCAGUGUAUUUGUUUUUUUUUAUAAAUCUUGAUUAAAUUUCAAUGCAGGGUAUUUAGACAGCAGCAUGGGAGGAUAGAAAUAAUUGGAAAUUUCUUAUUUUAAAGAAAUAAUUCCAGUUGAAACAAUUUUUGUAUCAGAGAACAAUAUUUAUAUUUUUUACAAGUAGGUCUACUAGGUUUACUACAUGCUGGAUAGUAGCUUCUAAGUGAACAUAUUUAUUCUAAAGAUAGUUUACUACUGAUCAAAGCAGCAGUAAUGGAUAAUAAAUAGAUCAUUCGCAUUUAAAAACUACUACGACUUUAAGGGCAGAACUAAAACAUAAACAAUAGGAAAGUUGUAAAUGCUUUUUUUUUUAAUCUAAAAACACACAAACACACGUAAAUGCUAAAUUUGAGAUUAUAUAAAGGAUUGAUAGAGCAAUAAAGGGCAGAUUUCAGAGCAUAUUCUGAGCUAGAGUUUAGAGAACAUUCUUGUUUUUUGCCAUCAUUUUAUAAUCCAACCACUUUCAAUUUGGACAGGCCGAGUUUCAUCACAGUGCCUCAGUCGAGUUUUGCAGAGUAAGUGAAGAAAUAGGAGCGAGUUUCAGAAACUCUCUUUUUCUCUCUCCAAGAAGAAAAAAAUAUUGAAAAACGAGAGCGCCCAAUACAAGAAAAAGAAACACAGUCAUCAAGAAGGGAAGAAUUAUCAACUGCGCGUUUUGGGAGAAAUAUUGUUUCCAGAGAGACAAUCUAGUCACGUGCGCUAGCGCUAGCUAACAAAACACAAACACACACAGAAACACAGAGAAAGUAACUAACCAACGAGCGAUCGAAAAAACGCCCAGGCUAAACACAAUGGCAUUUCUGUCUCCGAGCAGCGAUGAGAGAAGCGAGAAGUAGGAAAACUGAAGAUGAAAUAAACAAUAGAAACUUAACCAAUUCAAACAAAACCUGUACACACAAACCUUACGCCGUAACGUAAGUGCGAUUGCUUUUUUUUCUGCUAUGCUUAGCACACAGACAAACUUAGAGAGGUCGACAAGAAAAAGCAACAACUCUUGAAAAGUUCUUUUUUUUUUCCUGUUACCACGUACCAAAGAAGACUGAUAUAUUAAAUCUUGAAAGCAAACAAAAAAAAAGAAAAUACACGAGAGACAAAAAAAAUCGAAAUAUACACAAAUAUGAUAACAUAUGCGGAUAAAAGGAAAAAAACUAAUGAAUUUGAAGAGCAACAACAAACCCAACCUUUUUGGCGCUGAAUUCAGAAGGGGAAAAAAUCUGUCGAAAACUAGACAAACACACACGCACACAAAUACACAUUACCUUUUACAAAUACAGAGAGUAGCGAGUACGAUUUGUGGACUUUGCCAAACUAUAGUAAUUAUAUCUUUUCAUUUUUUGUUUUGAUCCAUUAACUGAACAACAACAAAAAAAGAGUAAAGUAAAAUUUCAUUCGUUUGUUUGUUAAUUCUAACACUUGUGUACUUCAUGCAAGCAAGACAGUAUUUCGUCGCCGUCGUCGUCGUUAUCAUCAUCAUCAUCAUCAUCAUUAUCAGCCUAAUUUGCUUUUGAGUGUCCAUUAAAAAGCAACUCCUUUCCACGUUCAUCUUUUUUAGUUUGAAAUAAAGUAAAAAAAAACUCAGCGUUUGUUGAUCGAUGCCAAGCACUCACUGGGUGAACCAAAACUAAAACAGUCGCCCCCCCCAACGCCGAGAAACAAAAGCAAAUCAGCGCGCGCGCAAGCUAAUCCAAGCAUGCCAUAAGUUGUUUUUUUUUUUUUAAUUUUUGACGUUGAUAACCAGAAAGUAAAUUAUUAUAACUUUGUAUAGAAAACCCCCUAUUAGAUAUUUAAGCAAUCCGUAGCUAGUUGCCCACAACCAGGGAAAUAAAUGAAAGUAACGAAAAACCGAUCCGCAGGCUGAAAAUAAAAACCAUAGAGAAGAACGUGUCCCCACAGCAAAGUGGUCAUUUUAAGCGAAAAUGUAAGGUUCAAUGUAUGCCAGCCAAUAUACACACUUACAUUCUCAAAAUACAGAAACACAACCAUACACAACAUAAUACACACACUAACGGAAAUCAAACUGUACGCGAUAUUCAUUCACCAAACAAAAGUGUAAGAGAACAAGACCAGCGUGAAAUAAAAACGGAUAUACAAAGA